AUGAAAUCUUUAGUAUAUGAUGGUAAGUUGUUUCAUCUGAGAUGUUGUGCCCAUAUUCUCAAUUUGAUUGUUCAAGAUGGGUUGAAACAAAUCGAUGUUGCUGUGGAAAAAGUUAGAGAAUGUGUGAAGUAUGUCAAAGGAUCUUCAGCAAGAAAAACAAGGUUUUCUCAAUGUUUGUCACAAAAUCUUUUGGACUCCAAAAAGGCUUUGAUGCAAGAUGUUACUACUAGGUGGAAUUCUACAUAUAUGAUGCUUUCUUGUGCACUUUAUUAUCGACUAGCCUUUUCGCAUCUUAGUUUGAGUGAUUCUAACUUUCAAGAUUGCCCGUCCUCUAAUGAAUGGGAAAGAGUUGAGAAAAUAUGUAGCUUUAUGAAAGUGUUUUAUGAUGCAACUCUUCAGUUUUCAGGAUCACUUUAUCCUACUUCAAAUUUGUAUUUCCCUCAAAUAUUUGGAAUACAUUUGAAGUUGGUUGAAGAGAAGAAAAGUCCCGAUGAGUAUAUGACAAAAAUAGCUACCCAAAUGUGGAAUAAGUUCAACAAAUAUUGGGCUGAUUUUAAUGUUCUGUUAGCUAUUGUUGUGGUGUUUGAUCCUAGAUAUAAGUUGUCGUUUAUUGACUUUUGCUAUAAAAAACUCUAUGGAGAAGGUUCAUUACAAUUUAAGGCUAUUGAGAGUGCCCUUUAUGAACUUUAUGACGAAUAUGUGCAAGCUUCAAAAAAUGCAACAACAUACGACUCGACAUCACAUCAAGGGAGCAACGACAACAUUAGACAAAGUAAUGUUGGGGGAGAGUCUAGUCAAAACAAAAUUCUUGAGGAGUUUGACGAAUAUGAUAAUGAUGAUUCGGGUUGUCAAUUGCAUGUAUACCUUCUUGAGCCAAGAGCUAAAAGAACUUCUUCCAUUAACAUGCUUGAGUUUUGGAAAGCCCAACAAUAUAGGUACCCUGAAUUAACUAAAUUAGCUAUGGAUACACUUUGUGUUCCCGUUUCAACAGUAGCAUCGAAAUCGGCUUUUAGUCUUGGUGGAAGAAUUUUGAAUGAAUAUCGAAGUUCCAUGAAGCCCGAUGUGGUUGAAGCUUUGGUUUGUAGUCGGGAUUGGUUGUUUGGAGAAAAAGUUGAUUUGAAUGUGGCUAUUGACAACCUAACUCAAAAUGUGUCAUUUGGUUAUCUUGAAGAAGUUGGUGUUGGAGGAAGAAAUGGGAAUUGUAGCAUGAAUGAAUUAUCACAUUUGUUUUUGGAUAUGUUUGAACAAUUUCACUUUUCAUGAAUGUUUUGAUUUUUGGAGUUUUAUUUGGAUGUUUAUGACUUUAUGUUUAAUGUUUAUUUUGGAUGUUUAUGACUUUAUGUUUAAUGUUUAUGACUUUUAGACUUCA